AUGGCUUCCCUCCUGGCAUUAUCCUUACCGGCAAGGUGUUCUUCUUUGCGAACUGGUCGCAGUUGGAAGAUUUUAACAGAUUCGUUGCCCAUUACCAGAAGUUUUUAUACUACAGCACAUGUUGCCAGCAAAGAUUUGUAUUGGAACGAUCGUUUCAAUGAAGGGGAGCAACAAUUUGAAAAAAUUCUGAUUGCAAAUCGAGGUGAAAUUGCUUGUCGUGUUAUCAAAACCUGCCAGCGGUUAGGAAUUAAAACUGUAGCAGUGCACAGCGAUGUUGAUUCCCUGUCAGUACAUGCUAGAAUGGCAGAUGAAAGAAUCUGUAUUGGUCCAGCACCUACUAGUCAGAGCUAUCUGCAAAUGGAAAAGAUUUUAGAUGCUGUGAAGCAGACAGGAUCUCAAGCUGUACAUCCAGGGUAUGGAUUUUUGUCUGAAAAUACCAAGUUUGCUGGUGAGCUGGAAAAGAUGGGGGUUCAGUUUAUUGGGCCUAACAGUAAAAGUAUUUAUGACAUGGGUGAUAAGAUAGAGAGUAAACGAAUUGCAACCAAAGCAGGCGUGAACAUGAUCCCAGGGUUUGAUGGUGUCGUUCAAGAUGGUGACCAUUGUGUGAAGCUAGCCAAUGAAAUUGGUUAUCCGGUAAUGAUCAAAGCCUCUGCCGGUGGAGGAGGAAAGGGAAUGAGGAUUGCAUGGAAUGACAAAGAAGCCAAACAAGCUUUCAGAUUAUCUUCUCAAGAAGCAAAGUCAAGUUUUGGUGAUGAUCGAAUGCUAAUUGAGAAAUUUAUCGACAAUCCACGACAUAUUGAAGUUCAAGUUCUCUGUGACAAGCAUGGUAAUGCCCUGUGGUUAAACGAACGAGAAUGUUCGAUCCAGAGACGAAAUCAGAAAGUUAUAGAAGAAGCUCCAAGCACCUUUGUUGAUCCUGAAAUGAGAAAAGCAAUGGGUGAUCAGGCUUGUAUGAUGGCGAAGGCUGUAGGGUAUGAUUCUGCAGGAACUGUGGAGUUUCUUGUGGAUUCCAAGAAAAAUUUCUUCUUUUUGGAGAUGAACACUAGAUUGCAGGUUGAACAUCCAAUUACAGAAUGUAUCACUGGAAUCGACAUUGUGCAUCAAAUGAUACGAUCAGCGAAAGGACAUAAACUUUUACAUGAACAAAAAGACAUCCCUGUUGAUGGCUGGGCAUUGGAGUGUCGUGUCUAUGCAGAAGAUCCUUACAAAAAUUUUGGCAUGCCUUCAAUUGGGCGUCUAUCUCGAUAUCAAGAACCGUUGCAUCUGGAGAAUGUUCGAUGUGACAGUGGCAUUCAGGAGGGAAGUGAAAUCAGCAUUUACUAUGAUCCUAUGAUUUGUAAACUUGUAACUUAUGGAAAAAACAGAACGGAUGCAUUAGAGACAAUGAAACAUGCAUUGGAUUCGUAUGUUAUAAGAGGGGUAACCCAUAAUAUUCCUUUAUUGCGAGAUAUCAUCACAGAAUCUAAAUUCGUAUCUGGUGACAUCACAACCAAGUAUCUUCAGGAAGUUUAUCCAGAUGGAUUCCAAGGCAAGAAAUUGUCAGAAAAGGAAACAAAUGAACUAGUGGCAUUAUCAAGUGCUCUCUAUGUCUCUGAUGAGCUACGUAGUAACGAUUUUGAAAAUGGUACUAAGAAUAUGGAUAUGCCAGCAAAAUUUGAAUUGGUGGUGAAAGCUAUGAAUAAUAUCUACAACACCACAGUAGAAAAAGUUGCUGAGGGUUUCCGAGUUCAUCUUAAUGGUGACACAUUGGAUAUUAAUGGACAAAUUCAAUUUCAUUCUCAAUUAAUAAAUACAACCUUAAAUGGUGUUGACAGUCAAUUUCAACUGAGCAAACGACAAGGGGCUGGUAGUUAUAGUUUACGAUUCCUUGGUACUGUUUUUCCAGUCCAAGUUCUGACCACUUUCGCAGCUGAAAUGAUGAAAUUGAUGCCAGAAAAGAAGGAAAUUGACAUCAGCACUAUGAUUUUGGCACCUAUGCCUGGAAUGCUUAAGUCUGUAAAUGUAGAACCUGGACAGAAAGUGGGAGAAGGCCAAGAAGUUUGUGUCCUGGAAGCCAUGAAGAUGCAGAACAGUCUUGUCGCAGGCAAAAGUGGUGUCGUAAAGAAGGUAAAUUUUAAAACUGGGGAAACUGUCAGUGAAGAUGAUGUUAUAGUGGAAUUAGAGUAA